UCCAUUUGUACGUCUGCCUCUAACCAAACUAAACUAAAUGGUAAAGCAACGUUCCAAGUAUAUACUACUGAUGAGAGGGAAACAAAAAGAGAGAAGCCGUCAUUCGAUAACGAGAGACAUUUCAAAAGAUGCAAAUCAUUACCCAUACUAAACACAACUGGAAGCUGGACGCCAGCAAACAAACCCACUUCCGUCAUGCAACAAGUAUCUGCAUAUGCGGAAACUGUACAUGAAAACAAGAUUGACCUUGAAAUUGAUGAGGAGGGCAAUGAGACGCUUGAUGAGUCUUCUAAAGAUGGUCCGGCUGAUUAUAAUGAACCUGAAUCAACAACUUAUCAGCCAAAAAUACCCAGCGAUCAACUCGUCGAGUAUCUAGAUGAAAAGAGUCAUGAUGGGCUUAGUUCGGAAUUUGGGACCUUUACUUGCGGUCUUGUGAAACCGUAUGUGGAAUCGCAGAAGACGGAGAACAUAUAUAAGAAUCGAUAUAAAGGCAUUUAUCCAUACGAUGAUUCAAGGGUCAAGGUCAGUGGUAGAUCAGACUACAUCAAUGCCAGCUUUAUUGACGGGUAUAACAAACCGCAACAGUACAUCGCCACAUUAGGUCCAACUUCUAAACAAUUGGGAGAUUUCAGCUUAUUCUGGAAAAUGAUUUGGCAACAAAGAGUUGAGAAGGUUGUAAUGGUUACCAAUCUCACUGAACAGGGAUAUCCCAAAUGCGAGCAAUACUGGCCAAAUCCUGGAACAACUAAGACAUUUGGUGCUAUAGAAGUAAAAAGCAGCUCGGAGGAUGAGUAUGCCGAGUUUACUAGGAGGGCUUUCACUGUGACCAUGGGGAUCGAAGAAAGGACGGUGCACCAUUUGCACUUCACGUGUUGGCCUGUAAGAGCGAUACCCGACGAUGUAACAGCGAUGAUAGAGUUCAGACAGCGGGUACUGAUUACGCCGAGUACAUUGAAUGGACCUACAGUUGUGCAUUGCAGUGCGGGUGUUGGAAGAACAGGAAUAUACAUUGCCCUGGACAUCCUUACAGAAGAAGGUGAGGUGGAACGAGCCAUUGAUAUAGCGGGAUGCGUCCACAAAAUGCGCCAGAACAGGCCGAAUAUGGUUCAGACAUUGAAGCAAUACCAGUUUUUGCACAAAGCUGCGGUGUAUUCAUUGACAUUCGACUGCAAACAAAUCAAGGGAGAGAACUUCAAACAGUAUAUGAACAACCACUCUACAAAAGAACUGAAUAAUCAAUUCAUUAGAUUGCAGCAUUCUGUCGAAAUACGAUCUAACAAAGAAACUAGGGCAGUAGAGCGAAAUAAACGGCUUUUGAACAAAAACAGACAAAACGCCGAUAUUCCAGAUUAG